UAUCGAAGACCCACAAAUGCCAUAAACGGAACAUGCAAUAUUAAGAGGUAGGAGAGAGGAAAUGGAAGGUUGAGUACAGCGAAGCAGAUGUUUAUGCAGACCCACCAACACAACAUAUAUAUAUAUAUGUAUAAUAUAUAGAGAGAAAAAGUGCUGAUACAGCGAAAAAGGUUGGUCUUUGGUUCUUGAAAUUUUAUUGGACAACCUUGCCUACAAUUGUUGUGGGUGCCCACUAGCAGCUUUUUUGUCUCCUCCCUCCCUGAGGCCGUUCUUCUUCUUCUUCUGCUUCUUCUUCCUCUUCUCCUUCUUUUCUUCUUCUAUUAUCAUCCACCCCUAUUAUUCUUGUACAUAUAAAUAUUUCUUUUGGGGUUUUCUUUUUCCUUUUAACCCCCUUUUCUCUUCUUAUAUCCACAAGGGAGUUCUCUAACAGUAAUGAUUUUCUCGUUACGGGUAUCGUUGUUGAGGAAUCUGAAGUGUUGUGGGUGUAAAAAAGCGGCAGUUAUAACAUUAGAAAAACAACAACCAGAACAACAAGAAAAAGAGAAACAAACGCACACGAGUGUCCGAGAUAAAAAGAAGUGCUUGGAUUGAUUGAUGUGAUCAUCAAAAACAAACGCCUCUUUCUGGAUUUAUCUACCAUCUUUUUCCUCUCUAUAUUUGUUUUCUUGAGGGGAAGAGGGGGUGAAGGUUCCUUAAUUUUUGUUCUGGGCGGUUUCUUCUUUUUCCUCUCUCUUUUUUCUUGUUUUAAUUGCUCUCUUUUUUUGUAUCCUUUCUUUUGGUGUUAUAUUGUGUAUCAUGUCUCAACAAAGGCAAUUUCAGAUGGUGGGUGGCAGCAGCAAUACAGGCCAGUACAAUGACACAACUUUUACUAAAAUCUUUGUUGGAGGCUUGGCCUGGGAAACCCAAAGGGAUACCAUGAGGAGUUAUUUUGAGCAGUUUGGGGAGAUCCUGGAGGCUGUUGUUAUCACGGAUAAGAACACUGGGAGAUCCAAGGGCUAUGGCUUUGUUACAUUUAAGGAUCCUGACGCAGCCAUGAGAGCUUGUCAAAACCCAUCUCCUGUGAUUGAUGGAAGAAGGACAAACUGCAAUCUUGCAUCACUUGGUGCACACAAGACUCGUCCACCAAAUCCUCAACAUGGAGCAGGACGGUUUAGACCAGCACCUGGAUUGGUGGCUCCACCUGCUUAUCAUGGUUCUUCAUCAUCAUAUAUCCAUCAACCCACUGGGCAAUUCACAUUUCCUUAUUCAGCUUAUGGGUACACUGGAUAUUCACAUGACACCUUGUACCCUUUGAAUUAUUAUGGGGUAUAUGGAGGUCAACAAUUUUCUCCUUUUUACUCUCCUGGGGCAUCAGGAACUCCUGGGAUGUUCCAUAACUUCUAUCCACUCUAUACACAGUAUGGACAGAGUAGUCAAGGUCAUGGUUUUGGAGUUCAGUAUCCCCAUAUGGUACAGUAUCCAUAUUUACCUCAGCACUAUAGCUCUACAGGAAUUUUAUCAAUUCCUUCCUCGAUGGCAAUGGAAACUACUACCGCAGUUGCAACAACAAUGACAAUGCCUAUGAUUGCGACAACAACAACCAUAGCCACGACAACAGCAGCAGGGGUGGUGGGAGCGGGAGCAGGUGCUUUGCAAACCUCUGGAACGGCUACUGAACUAAAUUCAUCAACCUAAUAAGCAUGGAAAAUUCGCUGUCUUUUCACAAGAGUAACAGUGUAACAAAUGGUGAUAAGGGUGACGGUGGAAAUGAAAAAGGGUAACAUUCGAAGUCAAUGAUUCUAGAGAAGGAUGCCUCAUCAGCUAGCAUAACAAAGCAGAGGAAAUUCAAGAAUUCAGCAUCAGAUUGUUCUUACAUGGAAAUAGGCAUUUUAAGAUCCAAAGCUCACUCCACUAACUGUCUUCAAUUAAUUUCUCCAUUCAGCCAGCCCCAACAUUACCAACUUCAUCAUUAUACGUGUUUGGUUAAUUAGGACACUAGGAAGUCUUAAGUAGUUGUUAGCACUAGGAGCAGAAAUCAUAUUCAUUUCAUGUAUUAGCAUAGGGUGGAAACCAAUAAUGGCUUUUGGAUUCUACCUUAGAUACUAAUUUCCAGAUGAUUAUGUCUCGGAUGCAGAGAGUAUCCGAUGACAAACUCUUGAUUAUAUUUUUAAGCCCUUGGGUGGGAAGAUCGAUUUUAUAUCUUUAAACCCAAAUUUGGUCAACAAGGGGGAGAAAAGGUGAGCUAGGAUAGCUCAGUCAUUAACUUGUAAUUUUUUUUUUGUUUGUUGAUUAUUCAUGAUUGAUACUAUUCAUGAUAGGAUUAGAAGAUUAGUUGGAGAAAAAGAGAAGAUGGGUAUCUUUCUCUCUUUCUUUUUAAAUUCUUGUUUACAGAUUAUCAUCUCUUUCACCUUACAUAUCUCGCUUUCAGUUGGGUA